UUUUUCUGUGUACAUGGUACAUAAAAUUAUACAUGAGUUAAACAAGAUCCAGGAAAAAGUCAGGUGACCAGUCUAGCGAAAUACAAUCACCCAGACACACAGCGUACUUCGUGGUACCACACGUACAGCGUCGUCACACACAAGUCACAACACGUUGCCGAGUGCCACUGUCAACAUCUACCACGUGUAUACUCAGUCAAGACUCAAUCAGCAUGGCAGAUGGACCCUUGACCAUUGACCCUUGCUUCAAGCUACGGGUGAUCUUAAGUGACAAUGAUAUAAGGAAAAUGACCCUUCCUGGGGUAACUCAUCCGAGUAUUCUUGAGCUGCAUGAGAAGGUGCAGGCUGCGUUUGGGCUUGUAGGGGACUUCAAGCUUCAUUACUUUGAUCCGGAUUUUCAAGAGUUCUGCAAUUUAUCAUCUGACGAAGACAUAUUCAACAAAGGGACAGUAAAAGUCAUCUAUACUGCAAUUCCAGAGUCCGACAGCGACGAUUUGACUAACAGUAUAUAUGAUGACCUUCUAAACUCAACCCAAAACUCCAACUCUUCAUGUAAAACAACAUCUCUGAAGUUCGAUGAUUCAGCAUCAGUAUUGUCUUCAUCAGAUACAUCAGUCCUGUCCACACUGGCUGGUAGUGAAACUGAUAUUGAACAAUCACAGAGAACCUGUCCAUGGCCUGAACAUUUUCCAAUUCCUCGCUUCUCCUAUGACACGGAACUCAAACUUUCAAAGGGGAAUAUAAACUAUGGACAUGACAAAACUCUGAUGAACCCUGUAGGUGUGAAAUCAGACAUCCUGGAAAAAAUUGCAGAAACAAUUUUCCAGUACAAGGCUUAUCCGACAGACUUGCAGUUUUGCUCUGUUGCUCAGGCCUUAGUAACCAAAUAUCCAUGCCUGAAAGGAAUGGGAUCAGUCACUGGAUGGUAUGGCUGGAAGACAAGUUUGAAGUUUAAAAUGGGGAAUUAUCGAACAAAGCUAAGAAAUGUUGGAUGCCCAGAGCUCACUGUCAACUCUUGCAAAAGGAAAGCAGGGAAUGAACAGGCAAAAACUGCAAAGAAUAUCAAAAAGCCGAGGAGAGCCGAGGUUAACUAUUUACCUGACUAUCCUUGCAAUGAAACAGCAGCCACUCUUGAAAGUGAACGACUAACACUCCUUGAGGAUACCAAAAAAAAGGGGAACGAGAAAGAAGUCAAUGACAAAAUGGCAAGAACUUUUCCACAUAGAAGGCAGGAAGUGGUUCUUCAGAAACCGAUGGUGGUGGACUUCAAAGAGCGAUGGCCAGUCUUGUUUACAAACUCGCAGAUUUGCGCUGAGUUUAAACGAAUAACAACUGUCCCUUUGAUGGCAACGUACACAUCGAAAGUGGACAAACACACACCGAAGCUACUGAACCUUUUCCGUGCAAAAGGAGGUGUCAAAGGAAAGAAAAUUAAGACAUUCCUUGAUUGUUUAGACCAGAACAACAGCAUACACAUCCGACGGGAGGUAGUGAUCAAAGGCCUCUGUGAGUUCCUGAACGAGGACUGCGGAACUUUAUUCAAACAAUUUUUGGAUACCCAAGAAGAGGAAAUGAUAAAGGCAAAAGAGGAAUGUACAAUGGGCAUUUUUGUAAUAAAGAAGGAGGGGGCUGCAGAGCAGGAGGAACAGGCAGACAUCAUAGUUGUGCUUGAGGGUGUGGAAGUUCUGAAGGAGAAUAACCAAAUCAAGGCUGGAAUGGCAAGUAGUGUGGUACCCUCGCUGAUCUCUAUUGGACUGACUGGAUAG